GUUUGUUAUCGUAAUUUUUAAGCCGCUCGCACACAAAAUGCUCCGAAGUUUACGGCAAAUAACGAGGCUAGGUAGAUCCCUAAAGACGCCAAUCCCGGCCAGAAGCCUGCUUAAAUUGCCAGCCAACUCCAGACUCCAGGCUCCCUUGCACACCAGCGUUGCCUUGUUGAAAUACGACAAGAAAUCCUCGCGAGCGUCGGAUGAUUUGGACAGCGACGACGAGGAUGAUGAGGAUUUCAAGGACGAAAGGGACUCCAAGGUGGUCAAGACCAAGGUGAACUCGCUGCGUGCUGAUCUUUUGCUGAAAGCUGGCCUGGGCAUGGCCAGGAACAAAGUGGAACUAAAUUUCUAUGAGAGCAAGAUAAGAGUCAAUGGAAAAAAGCUGGCCAAGAAGAGUGCCCAGCUCGAUAUCGGCGAUGACAUCGAUGUGAUCAGAGGUUUUAGCCAGACGAAUCCUUCUCACCUGGUCGUGGCCCGCGUCUCCAUCCUCUCCGCCAGCGAACGCGAAGAGGGACUCAGUGUUCACCUGCGUCGCUACAAAUCCCUGCUGGUAGAGAACUACAGAGGACCCAACGCCUUUAAAUCCUCGGAACACGUCGCUCAUUAAAUCAAGUUAGGAAGAAAUUGAUGAUGCUGCUUAGUAAAUUAGAAAUGGCAUUCUCAUUUAAUUGCACGAGGGUUGUAUUCGAGUAAGUUAUAAAUAAAAUUUCAAAAA